GGUGGAGGCCCCUAGGUUUGGUCUUUGAUUCCGGAGGGAAGAGAGAGCAGCUUGGAGAAAGCAAGACGGAAUCGAGGGAUUUGCCUCCCGCCUCCUCCCCGAGGUAGCGGAGACAUCGCGGCAGCCGGAAGGGCGCAGCCGCUCGCCGGGCACUCACGCAGCAGUCGGGGAACAGGGAGAGCAGCCCCCGAGGCGGAGCCUCCCUCCUGCCUCGGGUUACCGCCGCCCCGACCUGGGGAAGAGAAGCGGACGCCGCGCUGGCCCCCUCAGCGCCCUGGCCGCGUGGCUUGCAGCUUAUUUUCCCAGCUGGCAAGCGUCGCGCUGCAGACAAGGGAAUGCCUGUGGUCCUGCGUGUUCCGGAGCUCAGGGAUCCCCUGAUCCCGCCAAGCCCCCUCCAGGAGCGGAAGGGUUAAGAAUGAUGAGGAAGAAGAGGAAGCGAGGCGCGUCCUCCGGCCCAUGCCGCAGCCACGGCCCGGGACCCGCCACGGCGCCCGCGCCGCCGCCCUCGCCGGAGCCCACGAGACCUGCAUGGACGGGCAUGGGCUUGAGAGCAGCAUCUUCCUGCGCCGCCGCCGCCGCCCUCGCCGCUGCCGCCGGGGCUGAGCAGCGCCCCCGCCCCCGGCUCUGCCUGCCGCCCCUGGCGCUGCUGCUUCUGUUGCUGCUCAGCCUCGGGCUGCUUCACGCAGGUGACUGCCAACAGCCAGCCCAAUGUCGAAUCCAGAAAUGUACCACGGACUUUGUGUCCCUGACUUCACACCUGAACUCUGCCAUUGAUGGCUUUGACUCUGAGUUUUGCAAGGCUCUGCGUGCCUAUGCCGGCUGCACCCAGCGAACUUCAAAAGCCUGCCGUGGUAACCUAGUAUACCAUUCUGCUGUGUUGGGUAUCAGUGACCUCAUGAGCCAGAGGAACUGUUCUAAGGACGGACCCACAUCCUCCACAAACCCUGAAGUGACCCAUGACCCUUGUAACUAUCAUAGCCACACGGGAGCCAGAGAACACAGGGGAGGGGACCAGAACCCUCCCAAUUACCUUUUUUGUGGCUUGUUCGGAGAUCCUCACCUUAGAACUUUCAAGGAUCACUUCCAGACAUGCAAAGUGGAAGGGGCCUGGCCACUCAUAGAUAAUAAUUAUCUUUCAGUUCAAGUGACGAAUGUGCCCGUGGUCCCUGGAUCCAGUGCUACUGCUACAGAUAAGAUCACCAUCAUCUUCAAAGCCCACCGCGAGUGUACAGAUCAGAAAGUAUACCAAGCUGUGACAGAUGACCUGCCAGCUGCCUUUGUGGAUGGCAGCACCAGCGGAGGGGACGGCGACACCAAGAGCCUGCGUAUCGUGGAGAGGGAGAGCGGCCGCUAUGUGGAGAUGCACGCUCGCUACAUAGGGACCACGGUGUUCGUGCGGCAGCUGGGUCGCUACCUGACCCUCGCCGUCCGCAUGCCUGAAGACCUGGCCAUGUCCUACGAGGAGAGCCAGGACCUGCAGCUGUGUGUGAACGGCUGCCCCCUGAGCGAGCGCAUUGAUGACGGGCAGGGCCAGGUGUCUGCCAUCCUGGGGCACAGCCUGCCUCACACGCCCUCGGCCCAGGCCUGGCCUGGCUACACACUGGAGACUGCUAACGCUCAAUGCCACGAGAAGAUGCUGGUGAAGGACAUCUAUUUCCAGUCCUGUGUCUUUGACCUGCUCACCACGGGGGAUGCCAACUUCACCGCCGCAGCCCACAGUGCCUUGGAAGACGUGGCGGCACUGCACCCCAGGAGGGAACGCUGGCACAUUUUCCCAAGCAGUGGUCGCGGGACUCCGCGUGGAGACAGCCAUUUGUCUGUCAGUCUAGGCCUCGCGUGCUCCAUCCUUAUUGUGUUUUUGUAGGCGUUGUCUCUUGUUUUGUUUCUGUUUUUGUCUAUAACAAAAUUUUAAAAUAUAUAUUGUCAUAAUAUAUUGAGUAAAAGAGUAUAUAUGUAUAUACCAUGUAUAUGACAGGAUGUUUGUCCUGGGACACCCACCUGAUUGUACAUAUUGUGUUUGACUGUUUUCACAUCUGUUGGAUGUAGUGUUCUUUGAUUGUAUCGAUUUUGUUUUGCAGUUUUGUGAAAUGUUUUAUAAUGUCCCUGCCUGGGGACCUGUUAGAAAGCACUUUAUUUUUUAUAUAUUAAAUAUUUAUGUGUGUACCUGGUUAGUAUGUAUAUAGUACACGUGCACAGACACCGUACGCAGCGUUCCCUUUGAAGAUGACCGGCGACGUCGUUUGUAGCUCUUCCUGGCUGCGCCCUCCCGUCCUCUCCCACUGCUGCUCAUCCCGCGCACGCAGCUUUCACCUGCCGCCUCCUGGCGCAGCUGCCUCGUUCCUUUGAACUAGCUCCUUACCCUCUUCUUCUGCCCUCACUCGAUGUGGAAGGACGACAGUUAACCCCCCUCCAGGUGCUUUUGGCUGUUCAACACUGAUUCUAGGACGCCCUCUCCCUCUUUUACAGCUGUCACUUUUUCAGAGGGUGGGGAGAAUGUUAGUACAGUUCUUAUUAACUAGGAUUGUUAUAUCUGAGCACUUACAGUAUGGUAGGUUGAAUGAAAACUGCUGUUUUUAUAGGUCAGAAGGGGCUAGUGAUGACAAUUUCACAGCUAAAUACCAGGCAUCUUGCUAGGCCCCGGCAGCUCUCAGACUUCUGUCAUCCCGUGUCCUUGUUUAAACUGCAGCUUUUCCCUCUUUUAACUCUAUUCUACAUUGAACAAACAAAACGCAAAAACAUAAAUUCAUUGCUCAUGCCUUGCUCUUAUCUCUGUAAUUUGUACAAGCCCGCAUUCUCAGCCUUCUCUUCCUCGGCUGUUUGGGCUCGGAAACACACUGCCCCCUGUGUUCACGCCCAGUAAGCCCUCCUCAGUCUCACUUUAGGAUCCCAGGGACUGGGGUUUGUUAGAUUCUUUAAUAUCAAGGCCCAGAUCCCAUCACAAAGUUCUCCUCUUCCUUGCCCCCCACACUGAGGUCUUCCUCACAGUCUUUGACACAUCUGUGUGCAUAAUGGAGUGGACUAGGGUGCUCACGGCAGAAGCGCUUCCUUGGCCUGACUGUGUGUAGCUAACUGGGUGCUGGUUAGUCCAGACAUUCGCACUGGGCAGUAUUGCACCCCAGGUGGCCUCUCCAUUUAAUCAGAUAACUCUCCCUCUUAACAUCUGUAGGUGACUAUUAUUUAGUCAUUUUACUUUAUAGUAAUUUCACCAAGCUACAUGAGAAACUCCUUGCCUCUACAAUUACAUUGUUGGCACCUCUUGCAAAAGGAGAACACCACCAACAAAAGGCAAGAACAGUAACUGAGAACAUGGACUCCGGGAUAGGUAGGUUUAUUUUGUUACAUCUAAAAUAUAAAUGUAUGGUUCCAAGAAUUAGUGGUAAUAUUUAUACUUUACCCUAAUCAUUUACAUAAAUGAAAACAAAAGUUAGUGAACUUUAAAUUUCACAGCAAUUUGGGUCAAGAUUAUGCUUAGUUUUAGUUGGCCAGGUAAUUUCUUCCUUUUGCCGUGUCCUGUUGAUGAGUGGCACUGCCAGAAGCCCAGACUGGCAGGAAAGAGGAUGUCAUUUUGUGAAGUUCUAUUUCUCUGUGAACUGAUCUAUCAGUCACAGGAUGGAGAUGUGGGUUCAUCCAGAGGUGGCAAGCCUCCUCUCGACCAUCUUCUGGUAUAUGAGAGAAUAAUCUUGGCCAGUCUGGGAAAAUCAUGAAGGCAUCCUGCUUACAGAGAGUUGAAACCCAAACCUGUUAUCCUUGUAUAAGAGCUGGACCGGGGGCCUACCUACCAUCAGCUCUGAACCGUGACUUCUUUUGUUCACUUACAGAAUUGUGUGCCAGGUUAGAAGCUAUAGUUAGCUAGUAAUUUUGUUACGUAAUUGAGUAGAAUGAAGGAAAAAUAUUUAGGGUACUUCUAACCACUAUUUUUGUGCAAAUAGUCUAAAAGUGAAGUAAAAACAGUAGAAGUUUUCUACAGUAUCUGGGUUUAGAGUGUAUAUGAUUAACAUACCUUUGUCCUUUUCAGGGAAAGCAAAACAACCACCUCUGCUAAUAGUUGGGAAAAGAAAAUUGGGUUGUUUUGCCAUAUCAUUUACCUGGAAAGGAUGCUUAAAAGCAUCCUACAUCACUAUUAUUAGUACCAGUGUAUUUAGCUGUUCUCCCUUUAUAGUCAGUAUCUCUGUAUGACACUGAGGUCCUCGCCACAGAUAACUGUUUCAGAAAUACAGGUAUUUCUCUAGAGAAGGGCCUGGUUUAUUUUCUCCAGUUUCUUUCAUAGAAUGUCUAAAGAAAAUGCUACUUGCACAUGUUGGUUUUUGAAAUCCUCCUUAACCAGAAGAGUGUCGGGUCAUACUAACACAUAGGUAGGAUGUAGCUGUUAAGACGUCUUCUGGGGGAGCUUAAACUUGUGGGAAAACACUGGUUUUCACAGAUGCUCCACGUGGCUGUCUUUAAAAGACUCGAAACAUUUUUUUGUGCUUCUCUUUGUUAUGCUUGGAAACUCCUACAGUGUGUAGAGUCUUUGCAAAGAAACCUUUAGAUGUGGUUCAUAGGUAUAUGAAUAAGUAUCUGUGUAAAACAGUGAGUGUGCAGUGUGUAAAUACUUUAAAUUAUUAUGGUAGAAAAAUAAAGUUACAUACCAUCCUGUGGAA